AUGCCGUCGUUCACCUCGAUCGUCCUGCUCGGCCUCGCCAUGGCCAGCCCCGUUCGCGCUGCCGACUGCCCCACCGAAGCGUUGCUUGGCCUCGCAAGCAACACGAACCUGGCCACGUGCCAGACCGAAACGGGUGUCAGUGUGGCGACCAUCUCGACGUUGACAGACUCCCAUAUCUCGACCAUUUGCACGAGCACGGCGUGCCUCGGACUAAUGGCCGACGUAGCGGCCAUGGAUCUCGGUGACUGCACCAUUCCAGGCUCAAGCGUGACGGUGCAAACUGAUGUGCUCGACCGUGUGGCUGCUGCGUGCGGCAGCAGUGCAUCAUCGACGUCUACGGGCUCCACUGACGCUGGGUCCUCCGGGUCGAUGAGGUCUUCAGGCGCUGCCAAUGUGGGUGACGACUCCGGCUCGAACAGUGACAAGGUCGUCGGAGGAAGCACCACGGGUUCCAGCAGCGCGACGACGGUGACUGCGGGAUUCGUGUCGACUUUCGUGUUGGCGGCCGGUGCGAUGCUGCUGUAGGUGAAUUGUAGGUUAACU